AUGGCAUCCCUUGAUUCGAUAAUCAGUGAUGAAACAUCAUUAUCUUCAUCAUCUUCUUUUUUAACAACAUCAACUUCAUCAUCUCCACCAUCAUUUUUAAUAUCCACGUCAUCAUCAUUAUUUUCAUCAUCUUCACCAUCAUCAUCAACAACAUCAUCUUCGUCACCACCAACUUCGAAACCAGUAUCAUCAUCAUUUUUAUCACCUAAACCAUCCAUCGUGAAAACAACAUCGAAUAAACGUAAAACAAUGUUAUACAUUAAAGGAUAUCAAUAUCAGUUGAAAGAUUAUAAUGAAAAUAAAACGAUUAAAUUUUGGCGUUGUGCAAAACGAGAUUGUGGUGUUCUUUUACAUACAAAUCUCAAUGAUGAAUUUAUACGUUAUUCUGGAAAAAAUAUUAAUCAUAAACAUCUUCCAAAUCCUGCUGCAUUAGAAAUAUGUGAUCUUAAAGAAAAAAUGCGACAAAGAGCUGAAACAGAAUUAGUACCAUUACAAGAAAUUGCUGAACAGGAAGUUCGAAAUGGUUUAUUAACAGGUGAUGCACAAGCUAAUUUACCAAAUAUUUUUGAAAUUGGUCGUGGUUUAAGUCAUGUUCGGCAAAAAAAUCUUCCUUCGAUACCAAAUUCAUCAUCUUUUGUCAUACCCGAUAAGUACACAAGAGAUUAUCUUGAUCAUGAUCAUUUAUUAUUACAUGAUAGUACAGAUCCACAUUUUCAAUUUGAUUCAUCAGAUGAUAUACAACCAUCAGGAAGAAUUUUAAUUUGGUCAUCAAAUAUUCAACUUCAUUUAUUAUUUAACAGUGGACGAUUACAUAUGGAUGGUACAUUUUCCACUUCACCUCCACAUUUUGCUCAAGUUUUUAUUAUACAAACAAUACAUCAUGAAUCUUUUUAUAGACAUGUUCAAUCACAAGAUUUAUCAUCUAGUUAUCUGAAUAAUAUUAUGGUUCGAAAUGUUAUUAAACAAGCAAUGGCAUUAGCAUUAGUACCUCCAUCACAUGUUCAAGUAUUAUUUAAUGAACUUGGUCAAGAAUUAAAUGAUGAUGAACGUGAAGAAAUUUCGGGUUUAUUACAAUAUUUCAAGAACCAUUGGAUGCGUCAAGUAUCGAUAUGGAAUGUUUAUGAAAUACCUGAUCGAACAAAUAAUUAA